UCAGGAUAUCUGGUGCUCAAAGACCUGGGCCUUAAGAUCGAGCGCUACAUUGCCUCAGAGAUUUGUGACGAUUCAAUUGCUGUAGGGAUGGUCAAGCACGAGGGAAAGAUUGAAUACGUCAAUGACGUUCGCACCAUUACAAGGAAACAUCUGGCCGAAUGGGGUCCUUUCGAUCUUCUGAUUGGAGGCAGUCCAUGUAACGACCUGUCCAUGGUGAACCCUCUUCGAAAAGGAUUAUUUGAGGGUACUGGAAGACUCUUUUUCGAGUUCUACCGCAUACUGACCUUGUUGAGGCCGAAAGAGGACGACAACCGUCCGUUUUUCUGGUUGUUUGAAAACGUGGUUUUCAUGAGUGCCAAUGACAAAUCGGAUAUCUGCAGAUUUCUGGAGUGUAAUCCAAUUCUUAUCGAUGCAAUAAAAGUCAGUCCUGCGCACAGAGCACGCUACUUUUGGGGAAACCUGCCUGGCAUGAACAGACCUCUCGCUACAUCUCUAGACGACAAGGUGACUCUGCAGGAUUGUUUGGAAUCCGGACGCCAGGCAAAGUUUGACAAAGUCCGUACUAUCACAACAAAGUCUAACUCAAUAAGGCAGGGGAAGAUGGGACCGCUGCCCGUCGACAUGAAUGGCAAGGAAGACUACCUGUGGUGCACUGAAAUGGAACAGUAAGCAUAAUAAAUUAUUUACCGAUUUGUUCCCAGUGUGACAUUAUCGAUGUCAGUGUAUAAUGACUUCAUUCUUGUGUGUUUAAUGUGUGUCAUCUGAUAGUAUCUGACUGAGUACAUGCCUGAAUGGUUUCUAA